UAGUCGAAAAUGCCAGAACCCGGAAGCAUUAACGAAACCGUCAGGCAUCGUCAUAAAUCCCCAAACUAUCCUUCUAAAUUCUUCAAAUUACAUCACUUUACCGAAACUAAUCUCGUAAUAUUAACAAAAGCCAGACCUAUUUUAGUCCAGAUUUCCCAUCAUUACCUAUUUAUUCGUCCACGUCUCUUCCUCUUUGAAAGCUUUCUCCGCCUUCUUUAUUACCAACCAGUCGAUAUAUCAAUUAAAGUUCAAAUUCUGAAGAAACCACCAAAAACUCGUGUGCAUUCAAUUGGUAGGACAUUAAAGAAGAAAAAAGCUUGAGUUCGAGUUCUUGGCUUGUUUGUUCUUCCACUUCUUUGAUUAUCAGAGGAUUUUGAGAGUAUUUGUUGGGUUUUCUUCUUUUGAUAAGUUAAAGAAAUGGUAAUUGGGUUAGAGGAACUUACGAGGGAUUUUGAUUGAUUGAAAGAAAGUGUGCUGUUCUUGACUUGUUCUUGGUGUUUCUGGGAAUUUGGUUUGAGUUUCUUGGAGUUGGGCAUGAUGAAUGUAGUGGGAAGAGUUGGUAAUUUAAUCUCUCAAGGUGUUUUAGCCAUUGCUAUGCCUUUCCAUCCAUUUGGAGGAGCUAUUGAUGUAAUUGUUGUUCAGCAACGAGAUGGAUCUUUUCGGAGCACACCGUGGCACGUUCAAUUCGGUAAGUUUCAGGGCGUGCUCAAGGGUGCGGAGAAGGUUCGUAUAACUGUUAAUGGUGUCGAGGCUGAUUUUCAUAUGUAUCUUGAUAGUUCGGGCGAGGCCUAUUUUAGAAGUGAAGUUGAUUCGUGUGAAGGAAGCGAUGGUAUUAUGAACAAUUCAAUUUUAGAUGAUCAGACGAAUGGUGAUUGCAAGAAUAAUGGGAACCAGGAUGUUCUUGACUCUCAAAUACAAGAACAUAGUAGGGACGAUAUCAAUGUGGAAAUGCAAAAUGAACCGAGUACAUUGUCCUCUGAAAGGUCAGAGUCUGAUGGCGAGCGGAGACUUUGUUUCCCAGAUGAGCAGUCUCCAUUGGACAAUUUGGUUGAGAUUUUAGAUGACAGGUCAAAUGAAGACAUGGAUAUAAAAAUUGUAAAAUCAUAUGAUCAGAAGUCGGAAGUCUUAGGGAGUGUGGAUGGUCAUGCCUCAAAUUAUUUCUCAGCCUCAGAAAAGGUUACAGAGAGAGUGCAAUUAACUCCACUUCAAAAUCAAUAUGCUAUUGGUGAUCGGAUGGAUAUUAGUGAAGGUAAUGAGAAGUUCGAUUAUGGGGAAGAUUCUCGGCCUUGUAAUUGUAAUAAUCUAAAUGCAUCCAAACGUGAUGUUGAUUUCUAUAACAUUUGCAGUGCCAACAAUGAUACUGAAGAUUUCGAGUACCAGCUGGAAGUUUGUGAAGGAGAUGAGGAACAUAUUUUUCAUUCACAAAACCAUGUGGAUAUUACUUCUGGAGGCGACGUGGAUCGGGUUUCUAAUUCCUGUAUGGAGCUACCAGAAUGUGGUCGAUUAUAUUCAGAAAAUGCCGCAUCCUCAUUGGUGGCUGAUAUUUCAGAGGUCGAACGCAUUGAAAAUGCUCCAAGAGUCGAUGGAACUGUAGAAGAGCAUGGUGUUAAAUUCAUCAACAUUGAGUCAUCCCAACUCAGUGUUUGUGAUGCCUUGAGCUCCUGUUCGUCUCCCGAUUUACCUAUCACAGGCAUCCCAACUGAGAAGAUGACAAACUCGAAACAUAUGGAUCAAACUGACCCUUCAGUUUAUUUUGACAGUGAUAACACAGAAGUGAAGAAUCAUCAGAUUGAGAAAAUUGAUCAAGAAGAUGGAGGAUUCGGAAGAUCCGUGCUUGAUGAUGAAUAUGAAUGUGAGCUUCCAAAAUUUUGUUCAUUGGAGGGAAGGAUAGAUUGUCUCCAAACCACGAAGUUUGAAAUUUCACUUUGUGGAAGUAAACUUUAUUCGGGUAUGGGAUUGAGUGCUGCUGCUGAAGCAUUUGAAGCUCAUCGCGUAUCUGCUCAGAAAUUUGGAAGCUCUGCCACAUCAAUUAUACAAAAUGAAAAUCUAGUAAUUCGAUUUCGAGGGCGGUACUGGCAUUGGAAUAAAAUGGCUCCAGUAUUGCUGGGAAUGGCAACAUUUGGAAUGGAUUUACCUCUGGAUCCUAAUGAUUCGAUUCCUGUGGAACAAGAUGACUCAACUAGGUCUGAAAAUGUGGAAGCUGAGAAUAUCUCUACUCCAUCUGGAAAUAGAUGGAGACUGUGGUCUUCUCGAUUUGGAAGGGUUAAAGAAAUUCAGCUCAAUGGCGAUGACACAUCUAAUGAGGAGGUGUUUCUUGACACAGAAUCUGAGUUCAAUAGUCCAACUCUAACGUCCCAACAUGAUAUUGAUACUCCUCGCAAACGAAUUUUGAGGACAUAUAUUCCUACUACUGAGCAGAUAGCAUCUUUGAAAUUAAAAGAAGGUCAAAAUAGGAUCAAAUUCACCUUUCCUACAAAGGUUCUUGGAGUGCAAAAGGUUGAUGCUCAUAUUUACUUGUGGAAGUGGAAUGCACGGAUUGUAAUUUCAGACGUCGAUGGGACAAUAACCAAGUCUGAUGUCUUGGGCCAAUUCAUGCCAUUGGUUGGAAUGGACUGGACACAAUCUGGGGUCGCUAGACUUUUCUCGGCUAUUAAGGAUAAUGGAUAUCAACUACUAUUUUUGAGUGCCCGUGCAAUCGUUCAGGCGUAUUUAACUCGAAGUUUCUUGCUCAACCUAAAACAGGAUGGAGAAGCUUUACCUGAUGGCCCGGUUGUCAUUUCUCCAGAUGGACUAUUUCCUUCGUUGUAUCGUGAAGUUAUUAGAAGAACCCCUCAUGAAUUUAAGAUUGCCUGUUUAGAGGAGAUUAGACGACUUUUCCCUUCUGAUCAUAACCCGUUCUACGCUGGCUUCGGUAACCGAGAUACUGACGAGUUAAGUUACUUGAAGAUGGGGAUCCCUAAAGGCAAAAUAUUUAUAAUCAAUCCUAAGGGAGAGGUAAUGAAUAGCCAUAGCAACAACCCGAAAUCAUACAAGUCCUUGCUUGCACUCGUCAAUGAAAUUUUUCCACCGGCGUCGUCUGUUGAACAGGAAGAUUUCAAUGAGUGGAACUAUUGGAAAAUGCCUUUACCUGAUGUUGUUGCUUAGCAGCACCAGCUAUCCUCGUUAGCCAAAUUUGAGAUAACAAAUUUCUUUUAACCAAUAGGUAGGAAUUUUCAUAUAUACGGUUUGUUCUGAGAGGCACAAAUGGAAUCUCGACCAACUUUUGAAAAUCAAAGUCUUUUUACAUUUAGAUUACGUCCUCUCCUCGUUGGGUGGAUUUACCAAAACAACCAACAAAUACCCCUUUAGGCCUCUCCAUUCUCGAUCUUUGUUCCUCGCUCUCUAUUCACUUUUAACCAUCGAUGGUCUCCACGAAAAUGUUGGACUGUAAGAUGAAGACCUGAGAAGCAAGAUGAGAUUCAAGAGUGAGACGAAGAUUGAAAGCUAAAUGAAGAACAAGAGAGAAUUUUCUAUGAACUUAUUAACACUCAAAUAUUGUAGAAAUUAUAGACGUCAAAUAUUGUAGAAUUAGACGUGUUGUUAUGUGAAAUUUGAGAAGGAUGAUCGGAACAAAAGGUGAAAAAAAUUGGGCUCUCAAAAUAAGUCGUUCUUACAAAAUUUCCAUGAGAGAACUUUGUUAAGCUUGCUUGUUAUUGUAUAAGUUUGUAUCUUUGCCCCAAAAAAUGUUAAUAGAACAUGGACCAAAAUCACAUAAAUGUAUACAUCUUAGUUCAUUGUUUUGUUUUUAUAUGAAAUCUACUUAUUGA